CUUGUGGCGUUUUUGGCGCGCUUCGAAAAUUUGCCGACUACGCAAGGAGGUUGUUGUGUCAGCUCCGUUGGAAACCGAUAGCUUUGCAUUGUGUUACUUCUGCUCUUUGCUUGUCAGCAUAAACUGUGUUGACUCGAACUACACGUCUCUCUCUCCAUCUUUUUAUUCCCUGUGCCUUCUAGCCACUGUGGCUCAAGUUUUCUGGCAGCAGUAUUACCCAUUCUGUUAUCAUGGCACCUAUCCAAACGGUUCUGAACUAUUAUUCUGAACGAAAAACUGCUUCUGAUACCCGUGUGACACGAUCGAAAAAGCUGGUUGAUAAAAGUUCUCAAGAUGCGUCAAAACCAGAACAUGUAUUUAUUCAACCACAAGAUACUCCAUCUCAAACAAGAAGUAAAAGCAAAACAAAGGUGGAUUUGACUCCUCAAAAGAAGACUCCCUCAAAGCCUAGAAGUAGAAGAAACACAUGCAAGAGUACCAAUGGUGAGGAUGAUUCUGAAACAGAAAGUGGUCUUGCCUCUGACUUGGUUCUGGAUGACCCAAAUAGUGAUGACUUUUUGGAUGCUCCUCUCACAACUCCUAACAAACGGAGGACUAAAAGUAUGAAAGAACCCUGCUCACCACCUAAAAUUAAGUGUACAGAUGCGGACAAUUGGCUCUCCAACCCAGCAAUAACAGCUGGAACUCCAUCUUCUAUGCUAAAAACUCUGACUCUUAACUCCCCACCUGCUCUUGAGAAGACAAGUCAAACUUCUUUUGCACCCAAGUCAUUGUUUUCUGAGCCAGACGACCUUCUUGGGCGAGCUCGUAUUGCUCUGCACACACACUCUAAGACGAGCUUACCAGGAAGAGAACAAGAAUUGGCCCAACUUAAUGAUUUCAUUCAAAACCAUCUUGAGACAAAGACUUCUGGAUCACUUUAUAUUUCUGGACCACCAGGAACAGGGAAAACUGCCUGCCUUUCUCAAGUGUUGGAGAAACCUGAAUUGAAACGUCAUUUCAAAGUGGUCAACAUUAAUUGCACAUCUAUUGAAUCUCCUAAGGCAGUUUAUUCUCGUAUAGUGUCUCAGCUUGGGAUACAAGUGAGAACGAAAUCUGGAAAAGCAUACCAGGAGGCUAUUGAAAAUUACUUACUCUCAGGUCACAAGAUGAUACUUAUGGUAUUGGAUGAGAUGGAUCAACUUGAUACCCGCAGUAGAUCUGUGUUAUAUACCAUAUUUGAAUGGCCUCUAAGUUACCCUAAUGGAAUCAUAUUGAUUGGGAUAGCCAAUGCUCUAGAUCUUACAGAUCGCCUACUGCCCCGUCUGAAAGCAAAACUUCAGUUGGCUCCUCAGCUGCUUCAUUUUGCUCCAUACACCAAGCAGCAGCUCAUGAAUAUUUUUAAUACACGAUUAAAUGAGGCUAAUGCUUCCGAGGUGUUCGCUCCUGCUGCUAUACAACUUUUGGCAAGCAAGUUGUCAGCUGUGAAUGGAGAUGCUAGACGUGCUCUUGACACAGCAAGAAGAACUGUAGAGAAUGAAUCUCAAAAGAUGUUUGAGUCCAAAUUAGUCAGUGCCAACUGUCAAAGCCCUACAAAAUCUAUCUCAAACCUGCAGAAAAGCUCAGAAACUAGUCACCUCCGCAAAUCUCCAAGGAAAGCUCUUCAUAGUCAGGAAAUUGACAAGCAGGAUCGUAACACUGUACUUGAUCGAAUGAGGUCACCUCUCAGAUCAACUUUCAAUACUUUGAAGUCGCCCCUCAAAUCACCCCUGAAGUCACCUCUCAAAUCGCCCCUGAAAUCGCCCCUCAAGUCACCUCUUAAAUCGCCCCUCAGACUUCUCAUGAAGUCCCCUCUCAAAUCACCCUUGAAGUCCCCCUUCAAGUCUCCUACUCAUCUCAACUCGCCACGGAAGGAAAAUUUUUCACCUCUGAAACCAAAAUCUGCUAAAAAGUCUCUUUUCACUGAUUCUGACACUGACUCAAAACCUCUGGCAGCCCCCUCCAAUGUUGCUUCUCAAGUUAAUAAACCUUGUAUUAACAUUGCUAACAUAAUGAGUGUUGUUAAUGAUGUCUAUGGAUCAUCACAAGGGCUUGGGAAAGCAUCAGAUGGAGGAGAGGAACUCCCACUUCAUCAGAAGUUUGCAAUAUGUUCCUUGCUCCUUAUUCUUCGUGAAGGAAAAAGCAAAGAUGUAACAGUCGGCAAGCUUCAUGAUGUCUAUAGAAGAGUGUGCAUUAAGCGCCACAUGGAUCCAUUGGAUUCUGGAUCGUUUUUAAGCAUGUUAGGCUUGAUUGAAGCGCGAGGAAUUUUACUUUUACCUGGGAGGGGUAAAAAAAGUCGUCUUACAAAGGUCUGUAUGCAGUGGAUUGAAGAUGAAGUGGUUGCUGCUCUGAAAGACCGAGAUAUGUUAGCUACAAUUUUAAGAGAUAGAUCUUGUCUGUCAUAGAUACUAAUUAAGCUGUUGCUGUAUGGGUUUUUCUUGUUUCUUUGACUUGACAUUCCAAUUAACUGAGGCUUUUCAGGCAUAAAGGGAUCAAUGUUCUUGUAAGCAAAUUAAUUUAUGAAGUUUUGCCUAUGACCAUGAGUUCCGAUUUUGUGAUAGAGUAGUACCCAAUGGACCUGACUGAAAGUGUCAAAAAACUAUUGCCUUAUUUAAUUAUAAUUGUUUUAUAACAAAAUACUGUAUAACUGAUGUACUUCAUGAAAACUGCAAUGCCCAUUGCCUUGUUACCAAAAUGUUUGGUCUUUUGCCAAUCAUACCUUGUAUUAAUCUUACUUACGUAUAAUUUAUUUAUUUUGGUAUCUGUGUGAACAGUUGUGUGACAUGUAAGGACAUUAAUGGACAAAUAAAUUCAAUCAUUAUGUCUGGUAA